AUGAAAACUAAACACGUGGCUGCUCUACAUAAACAUGAAAAAGAAAUCGAACGGAUUGCAUUUGAUGUUAAACAGAGCAUACUUGAUUUGAGGAAAAUACUUGAAACCAAUGAUGUCUCCCUAACCUCCGCAUACAAAUCAAGGAAUGCUGAAUUCAGAAGGUUACCCCCUAAGGUCAAUGUUACAUUGCCAAGUUUUUCGCCACAUCAGAUCAACAAAGAACAGCUCCAUCAAAUGUUUGGUUCUCUGUCAGCAUUAUCCAUUACAACAGAAGAACAUGGCUACACAAUGAAGACAUCAGAAGCUGUAUCCUGUCCUCCAGUCAAACCACUGCUUGAUGAACCAGAGCUCAUCACCACCAUAGACACCGGUUAUGGGCAAAUGUGCAGCGUUACCAUGCUCAAUGAUGAAGAAAUUUGGACAUGUGGGAAAGAAAAUAUUAUGAAACUCUUUAACCUGCAGGGAGAACUACUGAAGUCAAUCCAAACGAAGUCAGGGAAAAUUCCAUGUGACAUAGCAGUGACAAGGAGUGGAGAUCUAGUUUAUACCGACUCUGAUAGAAGAACUGUAAACAGAGUGAAGAAUGAACACAUAAAAAAGGUGAUAAAACUGCAAGGAUGGAGACCUUACCAUGUCUGUAGUACCUUCUCUGAUGACCUCCUGGUUACUAUGGACAGUGAUGAAGAUAAACAAUCAAAAGUUGUCCGUUACUCUGGCUCCACAGUGAAACAAACCAUUCAGCUUGAUCGUGAAGGCAAACCUCUGUAUUCGUCUGGGUACUUUAAAUACAUGUGUGAAAACAGAAACCUAGAUAUCUGUGUGGCUGAUUGUGAAGCUCAAGCUGUAGUGGUGGUUAAUCAGGCAGGAACACCCCAAUUUAAAUACACUGGUCAUCCCUCUACUACCGAGGAGGAAGAAUUCUAUCCUCAUGGAAUAACAACAGACAGCCAGAGUCAGAUCCUCAUCGCAGACUAUUAUAACCGAAGGGUCCACAUCCUAGAUCAGGAUGGACAGUUCCUCCGUUACAUUGAUAACUGUGAUCUAGAGCACCCAUGGUCUUUAUGUGUAGACACCAGAGACAACCUGUUUGUGGCCGAGAAUAUGAGUUGUAAAGUGAAGAAAAUCAAAUACGUGUAAAAAUAAAAUAUAACCAUGCAGUAACUGUGUAUUAACAUGAUUGUUUUAACAACCAAUAAGUGUAGUGAUGAUCAUAAGAAUAUUUCAAUAAACAAUGCAAUAUUAAGAUAACAAAUAUAAUCUCGAAAGUCAAAUCAAAACUUUAUUAAUCAGAAGCAGAGCAGACUCAGACCUCAAAAUCUAGUGGUUGGGUGCCGUUGAGGAGUGAUCAUCACCUGCCGACCAGUCGCACCUGCCGCAUGCUCAUUGUCAUGAUCGAAAAAAAUAUACUUGUAAAAAUCGUAGACUAUUUAGUCUAUGAAUAAUGGCCUAACAGCGAGUACUGAAAACGAUAGUCAAUGUCUUACCCAGUGAUAGGUU